GGCACGCUGCCCUCGGCAACGGACAGCCCCAUGCCGCCUCCGUCUUGUUUUGUUUUAAAGCGAGUUGCAACUUCCUCCCUCUACAGCAGUACCGAGCUCUGCGAGGAGCGCCUAGCUCUCUUCCCACUCCCACGCCCCGCUAGGGUCGCAAUCAAGCAGUGCCGAGGUGACCCUUGUCCUAUUGCAAGACCCUCUGUGGGUGGGUUGUUUUUGUUUCGCCUCCAGCUCCCGUUUAAAAGACGCCAGGCAUGUUUCCCUUCUAGUAAAGAGGCUCCACCUCUGCGUGGGCUUGAUUCGUCUAGCACUUUUAAGAUAAUUUAUGGAGCAACCUGAUGAGCUUAUUGGCCAAGUUGGAUGGUCCUUUUAGAGUCGGAUCCUACCUGGCUGGGGGGUUGUCUCCCUCUCGCUCCUACGCGCUGGGGGGACACCGAGAUUGCAGAGUAACUACUAGAGAGUGACUUGUAAGAAAACCAGAGAAGAGAGACUUAAAGCCAAUGGAUUCAUGGAGGCGUCCCUCCUUCCUGUGGCCUCUGUGCAGUCCCUGCAGCAGGGGGAGGCUUCUGCUCUUGUUAUUGACCGUGCGUUUGGGGAACUGUGCUGAUAAAGCAGAUGAUGAGGAUGAUGAAGAUCUAACAGUGAACAAAACAUGGGUACUUGCACCAAAGAUUCACGGUGGAGAUGUCACUCACAUACUGGACUCUUUACUUCAAGGCUAUGACAGUAAACUUCGGCCAGAUAUUGGAGUGAGAACUACGGUAAUUGAAACAGAUGUCUAUGUUAACAGCAUUGGCCCAGUUGAUCCAAUCAACAUGGAAUACACCAUAGAUAUAAUUUUUGCCCAGACUUGGUAUGAUAGUCGCCUAAAGUUUAACAGCUCAAUGAAAGUGCUUAUGCUUAAUAGCAAUAUGGUUGGAAAAAUUUGGAUUCCAGACACUUUCUUCCGGAACUCAAGAAAAUCUGAUGCUCAUUGGAUCACCACUCCAAAUCGUUUGCUUCGAAUCUGGAGUGAUGGACGAGUAUUAUAUACUCUGAGGUUGACAAUUAAUGCUGAAUGUUAUCUUCAGCUUCAUAACUUUCCUAUGGAUGAGCAUUCCUGUCCUCUGGAGUUUUCAAGCUAUGGAUAUCCCAGAAAUGAAAUUGAAUACAAAUGGAAGAAAACCUCUGUUGAAGUUGCAGAUCCCAAAUACUGGAGAUUAUACCAGUUUGCAUUUGUAGGGUUACGAAAUACAACUGAAAUUUCUCAUACUCUGUCUGGGGACUAUAUUAUCAUGACAAUCUUCUUUGAUCUGAGCAGACGCAUGGGAUACUUUACUAUUCAGACAUACAUUCCUUGUAUACUAACAGUUGUUCUUUCAUGGGUCUCAUUUUGGAUUAAUAAAGACGCUGUGCCUGCAAGGACAUCAUUAGGUAUUACUACAGUAUUGACUAUGACAACACUAAGUACAAUUGCUAGGAAAUCUCUCCCCAAGGUCUCAUAUGUGACAGCAAUGGACCUUUUUGUUUCAGUUUGCUUCAUUUUUGUGUUUGCUGCCUUGAUGGAAUAUGGCACCUUGCAUUACUUCACCAGCAACAAAAAAGGGAACAAAGAGAAAGAGAAGUCUUCAAAACACAAGCCAGCUAAAUCAACUGCAAUUGCUGUCCGUCCUAGAUCAACAUUAAUAGCAAUUAACAACAUUAAUCACCUCCAACAGCGUGAUGAGGAUUAUGGAUAUGAGUGCCUGGAAGGCAAAGACUGUACCAGCUUUUUUUGUUGUUUUGAAGACUGCCGCACAGGUUCUUGGAGAGAAGGAAGAAUACACAUCCGUGUUGCCAAAAUCGACUCCUAUUCUCGAAUCUUCUUUCCAACAGCCUUUGCCUUGUUUAAUCUCGUUUAUUGGAUUGGUUACCUUUACCUAUAAAUUCCAGAGGUUUGACAAACUCAGAAAAGGGAUAACUUAACACAGAUACUGUUUAAUGUAUCUCAGUGAAAAAUAUAGAAUUAGAGCUGCUCAAAAUCUCUGAAAUUUGCAUGAAAAUUGAAAUUCUUGAAAAAAUGAAAGGAAAUAGAAUAACAUUUUCAUACAUUUUCAUACUAUCUAAUUGAUCAAUUAUAUAGCUAAUUUUUAACUUUUGAAGUUAGGGGCAAAACUUUCAAAAAACUUUUUCUGAAAUUUUUUCUGUUGUCCAGCUCUAACAAAAAUGCAGAGAAACCAGUGGUUAAAUGGCUGAAUCAGGCACCUCUUCAUAACUUUUACAUUUUGUUUUUAAAUGGAAUAACAGCUAAACAUUGUAGCAUCUCUUACACCAAAGUUAACAAAGCCUUAAUAAAAUAGGUGUAGCAGUACUGUUAUUGAAUCAUUCUCAUAUCUACCUUUUCUACCACAGAGUGACUUUUAAAAAUAAAAAAUACCUGAACUUUUAUAAAUUCCUAUUUUAAAGAGGUUGGUGUGGAAUAUUCCUCUGGUCCAUUUAACCAUUUGUCCUCUGCAUAAUACUGGUAACAAGAAUGUGUAAACCUGAAUGCAGUUAAUUAGCACUUAAUGAAAGCAGCAUGAAACUGACAUGUUAUAUGAAGGCAAUAGUAAUUCUGAACUGGUAUGAUCCUGACCAUCACAUAAGUUUUGUGCUUAGAACUUGGGUUAAGUUUAUGCUUGCACUUUGCCCGUCAUUACUUAGCUAUUGGUAGUUUCCUAGGGUUACGAAAAAAGGGCAAAAUCCUGCAGAGAUCCUUAACUAAUGUAAAUUGGUGCAGCUCUACUGAUUUUACCAGAACUAUUCCACUUUAAACCAGAUCAGGAUCUGGGCACUGAACAUAGUGCUUCUCCUUCCUUUCUCAUGCUUUCUUCCCCCAACUAGUCUCAUUCAUUCUAAUGGACUAUCCAGGGUUGUAAAAACCAUUGUGCUCAGUAGUUUGUAGGACUUGGGGCCAGCUAUUGUUCUCCCAAACUCUACCACUACCAUAGUCAUUACAUUCAGAGGCAUUACUUUCCAACUCCAGCCCUCAGAGCAAAGGGCAUGGCCUCCUUCACGUCUUCAGAAACUCAUAUUGUUUACAGGAUAAUCCAAAAUGGUAGUGCUUCUAUUGAUUCUGUUCAUCUCUGUGUGUAUCCUUCUGAGUCAAUAAUAAAAAGCAGCAGUUUUAGUACACUUGUAAUAUGAAUUGAUUUAUAAUGGCUGUUGUAAUAAUUGUAUGUUUAAUUGGAAAUGUGUAUUGUUCAGAAAGAAAAAUAAUUAUGUAUUUCAGGUAAUUCUCCAUGGUGUGAUACAUCCCUAAAAAGCAUAGGACCCUGUCAUGCACCCCCUCCUCACUCAUUUCCAUUGACAUUAGUGGAUAUUGUACAAGUGGUGGACUUGCUAGACUGAGCUCACCGCUUGUUGAAUAUUGUUGGCUGGCUAAAUUAAUUAGCACUUUUGUAUCAUAAAUCAUUUUGUCUUUACUGCAGAAAAGUACAAUCCUUUCUGCUUUCUGACUUUUCAUAGACAAUGAAACUGGUCUCAAGCUAACCCACAAAAGUCAGCUGUGUAAUUGAAGAAUUCCUUAACUAAAAGUCAAACAAAAGAGUCCCUGAGGAUACUUUAAAAGGGAUGUGUGGGACAAGGAGUUGUCUACUAUAGAUGGGCCUUAGUGCAGACUUCACUGUAUCAGAGGAUAUCUCCACAAAGCAUAAAAUAACUGAUAGCUUGAAGUAGACAAAGAUUUAUCAUUUUAAAGGGGAAGACUCUAGAGUUCUAUUGAAAUCAUCCCUUCUCUGGAUGCGUCUCAGAAACAUACUGUAUCCUUAUAGUCACUGGUAUCAGAAACAAUAUGGUUUGAUGUACAUUCCACACUGAAUUCAGAGGUCCAGAUCCUCAAAAAUAUUUAGGUGCCUAACUCCCAGGAAACCAAUGGGAUUUAGGAGCCUAAAUGUCUUUUGAGGGUCUGGGCCAGAGGGACUACUCAUGUGAAAUGUGAGAACUGCAUUUGACCUCUGAGUUCAAUGAUGAAUCCAAGACCAAAAAAAAAAUCAGUGGUUCUGGGGGGAAAAUGUAUUGAUGGACACAGUUUAAUGCAAACUUUAUUUCAAUAUUUAGCUGAUAGGAUGUAGAAAUGAUCA